AUGGGCUCGACCCUGAAGCUGGGCACUGACACCAAGACCCAGCAGGAUGUCAACAUCCCCUUCCAUGAUGUCCUGCCCAUGAAGCACAACGCCUUCAUUGGCGGCGAUGACUUCAAGUCUGGCCAGACCAAGAUGAAGUCGGCCCUGGUGGACUUCAUGAUCAGUGCUGGCAUCAAGCUCACCUCGAUUGCCAGCUACAACCAUCUUGGCAACAACGAUGGCAUGAACCUGAGCUCGCACAAGCAGUUCCGCUCGAAGGAGAUCUCCAAGUCCAACGUCGUGGACGACAUGGUCGCCGCCAACACGGUGCUGUACGGCAAGGACGAACACCCCGACCACGUGGUUGUCAUCAAGUACAUCCCCGCUGUCGGCGACAGCAAGCGCGCCAUGGACGAGUACUCUGCUGAGAUUUUCCUCGGUGGCCACCAGACCAUCUCUAUGUCCAACGUUUGCGAGGACUCUCUGCUUGCUUCCCCGCUCAUCAUUGACCUGGUCGUGAUUGCCGAGUUGAUGACUCGCAUCCAGUGGAAGCUGCACUCGGCUGAGGGAGAGGACGCCAAGGGCUACAAGAACUUCCACAGCGUGUUGAGCGUGCUCAGCUACAUGCUCAAGGCGCCCCUGACUCCCCCCGGUACCCCGGUUGUCAACGCCCUGGCUAAGCAGCGCGCCGCCCUCGCCAAUAUUUUCCGCGCCUGCGUCGGCCUCGAGCCUGAGUCGGACAUGACUCUGGAGCACAAGCUGUUCUAG